GAUCAGUCCGGUUCUAAGAGAAAGUCGGAAUGGCAACGUUCAACAAUUGUCAAUUGGCGUGGCUGUCGCUCCUCCUCCUCCUCCUCGUUGGCCAGAGCUGGGGCAGCGCCACUGUCCACUGUGACCUGUCGGAGGCAGUGGAUGCCAUGGAUGUCAGCAAGCCGCCGUGCGAGAAUUUCCACGAGCACGCCUGCGGCAAUUGGCAUGCGCCGUACGGGCAGCGAUCGCUGGGCGCUCACGAUAUGCGCUCGAAGCUGCGGGCCAUGAACAAGCAGCUGCUGGUGCGUCACUUCGAGCUGAAUGGUGAGCAGGACACGUCUACGGAUCAACUGGCCUCGUUCUACGGCAGCUGCAUGAACGGCCGGCAGUCGGUGCACGUCUAUAUGGAUGCAGUGCAGCAGCUGCUGCCGGAUUGGCCGCUGCUCAACAAUGCGAGCAGCUUCGAUUGGCCGCGCGGCAAUGCGGCGGUGCGACGCUUCGGCGCCCAGGGCCUGUGGCGUCUCUCGGUGCAGCCCAAUUGGCAGGCGGCCGAGCAGCGCGUCUUCUACCUGCUGCCGCCCAGCUUUGAGCUGCUGGGCACGAGCGAGCAGAGCGAGUUUCUCUACCAGCGCUAUCUCAAGUACUUGCUGCUGGAGCUGGGUCUGCGAGUGCGGCGUGCUGCCAGCCUGGCCGAGCAGCUGGUCGGCUUCGAGCGGCAGCUGCGCGCGCUGCUGCCGCCAUCGACUCAGACGCUCGUGCUACACGCGCCGCAAACGCUGCAGGAGCUGGCCGCACAGCUGCCGCGGCUCCAGCUGCUGGACUACUUCCAAAUGCUGCUGGGCGAGCAUUAUACGACUCAGCUGCUGCUGGUCGCCGACUCCAGCUACUUGCAGCGGCUGCAGGAGCUGGUGCAGCGCGCCGAUCCCUGGAUCCUGUCCAGCUGGCUGCUGUUGCAGCUGCCGGCACACUUCGAGCUGCAUCUGCACGAGGACGCAUCGCUGGCCUCCCAGCGUGACCAUUGCCUGCAGCAGCUGAAUCAGCUGAUGCCGCAGCAGCUCUCGCAGCUGCAGCUGCGCCUCCUGCACGGCAGCGAUGCGGCAGCCGCAGCGUUCCUCAAUCGCACGCAGCUGCAGCUGCAGCAGCUCUUCGACACGAUCAAGGCGCAGUUCGAGCGCCUGCUGAAUGCCACGCCCAUCUUCGAGCAGGACGCCGCGACGCAGACAUUGGCGCUGCAGAAGCUGCGCGCGAUGCGGCUCCUGCUGUCGCCGCCGCUGUCGCUGCCGCAGCAGUUGGGCGAGGCGCCGCAGCGUGUGCUGCAGUCGCGCAGCUACGACUCGAAUCUGUUGCACUUGUCGCGCGCCCAGUCGGAGGCCGAGUUCCAGCUGGGCCUGCAGUGCCUGCAGCUGCCCUGCGAAUCGGCCAUCACCUGGACGGGCCACUCGGUCGGACCCCUGGACGUCAAUGUCUACUACAGGCUGAAGUUGAAUGCCAUCGAGCUGCCGCUGGGCCUGCUGCGGCCCCCAUUGUUGCCCCACUGUGCGGCGGCCGGGCGGGCAGAGGCGGCUGCUCAGCUGAUGGGCGGCCUGGGCUACAUGAUCGGACACGAGCUCAUCCACGGCUUCGACUACGAUGGCAUCAACUACGAUGCAGCCGGACGUGUGGCUGGCGGCCAGUGGCCGGCCCGAGCCAUCAUCAGAUUCGGUCUGCGCGCGGGCUGCUAUCUGGGCGCACGCUACAGCAAUGCCACGCUGACCAUCAACGAGAAUAUUGCGGACAGCGAGGGACUGCGAUUGGCCUACGAGGCGUAUCGCAUGCAGCAGCCGGCAAAUGCGACGAUGCGACCGUUUUUCGUCGCUUUCGCACAGAAUUGGUGCGGACAGGCGGUGGCGCCAUCUAGCGGCGCCCUUCAGCAUGCAUCGCACAGGGAACGGGUCAACAAUGUGCUGGGCAACUUCCCAGAGUUCGCCGAGGCCUUCGACUGCAAGGCAGGCAGCCCGAUGCAUCCGCCGGAGAAGUGCCGCAUCUGGUAGCCGGAUAAAUCAUUGUUUUACGGCUGUUUUACAGGGUAUAUCCGAGAGUAAAGCUUUCCAAUAUGAAUACCCU